AUGUCCCUCCCACGCAUCUCCUUCCUCGAAGGAUGGGAACGCACCCCAGCCGCAGCCUUCCUGCGGGGUCGAACAGACGAUCCUCAGUCCGACACCGAGUCCGACACAUUCCAUGACCUCCCCGAUGAUGCAUCAAUCGCAUCCUCGUUCCCGUCCACGUAUAGCAGACUCAAUUUCAAUCCCUAUGCGGGUCCUGGAUGGAGCGAGAGUGCCGUUGACGAUCGCGACGAUCGGCCCUCGUUGUUGGGAUCUUUGGGUCUUUCCCCCACGACGACACGGGCGGAACCUGAGCGGGGUCAAGGAGAGUCCCCGACGCCUCCUGUGGCAGUGCUGCACAAGGAGCCACCUUGGUUGUCGGAUACGCUGGGCGCUUUUGAAGUGAGCCCGGCAAGACGAAUCGCCCAGGUUUGCUUGGCAGUUGUAUACUGCUUUCUCGCUGCGGGUGUCGUCUUCGGCUUUGCGGCGUUGAAGCCAGUUCUUAUCAGUGAGCAUGUAUAUCGUAAUCUUUGCUCCCAGGAGGAGCUUGAUAACGAUGUCGCGGUCUGUGACGGGCAAGAAAUCAAGCUGAACCUGAUGUUUACCAUUGCCGCCGUCGUCACCAACGUCUCAGCUCUGCCCGUUGGAACCAUCCUCGAUGCCUACGGCCCCCGAGUCAGCGGCAUCAUCGGGAGUAUCUUCCUCGCCCUGGGUGCCACCAUCUUCGCCAUGGCCAAACAAUUACCCUUUGACGGGUACAUCCCAGGAUACCUCCUUCUCUCUCUCGGCGGACCAUUCGUCUUCAUCUCAUCCUUCCAACUAUCAAACACCUUUCCCAAACGAUCAGGACUGAUUCUAUCAAUGUUAACCGGCGCCUUCGACGCAUCCAGCGCACUCUUCCUAAUCUUCCGCCUAUUAAACGAGUCCACGAACGGACUCAUCUCGACCCGAACUUUCUUCCUGACAUACCUAAUCGUCCCCGUCUUCAUAAUCGCCAUCCAACUAACUAUCAUGCCAUCAACUUCCUACAAAACAGCCGGCGAACUAGUCCAACAAGCCUCAGCCCAAGUCGUGGAUGAACUCCACGACCGCGUCGACGAGCGAAUCCACGACCGAAACGAAGGUGAACGCCAACGGAAUAUCCGCCGCGAACACCGCCAAAGUAUCGUCCACCAAAUCACAGAUCUACUAGACGACGGUACAGCAUCGGUCGUCUCAGCGGCAGGAAUAAACGACUCGGUCUUUAAUUCCCCACUCCGCCCAGCAAGUCCACUCCAGGGAAUGAACAGCCGUGGCCAAUCCCCCAAACCAAACAUCAACACCAAACUACUCUCCCAACCGCAAUCCCAACCCCUCCCCCCAAACCAACCAAACACCCACAAAAGCGGCGUCUGGGGCGUCCUCCACGGCCACAGCGCCCUCUCCCAACUCCGCACCCCCUGGUUCAUCCUAAUAACCCUCUUCACAAUCCUAAUGAUGCUCCGCAUAAACUACUUCGUCGCCACCCUCCGCUCCCAAUAUACAUACCUCCUCCACUCACCCGCCCUCGCCGCAUCCAUAAACAGUACAUUCGACAUCCUCCUCCCGCUCGGCGGUCUAAUCUCCAUCCCGUUUAUCGGCACAUUCCUCGACACUUUCAAAACCAGCACCGUCCUAGCCAUCCUCGUGGGAGCAGCAACGCUUAUCGGGGGUUUGGGGUGUAUUCCGAAUAAUAUCCCCGCGGCUUACGCAAAUAUUUCUCUCUUCGUGCUGUAUAGACCGUUUUAUUAUACAGCGGUGUCGGAUUACGCGGCCAAGGUCUUCGGGUUCCAGACUUUUGGGAAGGUGUAUGGUCUUAUUAUUUGUUUGGCGGGGGUGGGCAAUUUUGCGCAGGCGGGUUUGGAUGCGGUUACGUUGAAGGGGUUUAACGGGGAUCCUGUUCCUGUUAAUGUGGUUUUGACGGGGUUGGUUGGGGUUGUGGGGGUGGGGUUGGUUGGGUAUGUUGGUUGGAAGACUGUUGUUUUGAGAAGGGAGAGGGAUAGGGGUGUGGUUGAGGAGGAUACGGCGAGUCGGAGUCAGAACCAGAGUCACAGUGGGGUUCAGGGUGUUACUGUGAGAGAUUGGGAGAGACAGCCUCUUUUGUCUGCUGGUGUGGUUGGUGAUUCACAGGGACAGAGGGGUUAUGGUUCGUAG